AUGUUACAGGAGCUACGCUCCACAAUGAGAGCCGACUUCCAGUCAGCAGUGGAUGACAUCCGCAAAGAGGUACAGGACAUAGGCACACGUAUGAGCGCACAAGAAGAAUGCACAGAUGAGUUGUGCCUUGCUAACAAUGAAAUAGUGGACAAAAUCCAGAAGAUGAAGGUGGACAAGAAGCGCCUCAUGGAAAAACUGGAGGACAGUUCACGUCGUAAUAUAAUCCGCGUGCGCGGGGUCCCAGAGACCGACACUACUGUCAAAUUGACUAAGUACCUCCAACAGCUCUUCCUCGCCAUAAAGCCAGAUUUGGACAAAGCAGACCUGCGUCUGGAUAGAGUGCAUCAGGUUCCUAAACCCAAGGACUUGGCGCAAGACCUCCUUACUGAUAUUGUCACUAGACUCCACUACUACAGCCCUUAG